AUGGCAACUGCUAGAUUUCCUCAAUUAGCAAUAAUGGCUAUUGCUCUGCUCGCAGCGCUCUCAAGCCUAAGUCUCGUAGCCUCGCAUCGAUUCAUGGUCGGAUCCUGCCGUGCCAGCGGGCAUUUGCGAGGGAAGACCGGCCACUGCAACACAGAGAAUGACUCUGACUGCUGCGAAGCAGGUAAGAUGUACCCUCAGUACCGCUGCUCUCCUCCAAUCACGAGCAACACCCGUGCGACGAUGACCAUCAACAGCUUUGCCAAGGGUGGUGAUGGAGGAGGCCCGUCUGAGUGCGACAACAAAUACCACAGCGACAGUGAAAAGGUGGUUGCAUUAUCAACUGGCUGGUACAAUGGAGGAAGCCGAUGCUUGAACUACAUCAACAUCAACGCUAAUGGUAAGUCGGUGAGAGCCAAAGUGGUGGAUGAGUGCGAUUCUGUGCACGGCUGCGAUGCUGAUCAUGACUUCCAACCGCCAUGCCCCAAUAAUAUAGUAGAUGCAUCCCCAGCGGUGUGGAAGGCGUUGGAUAUACCGGAGUCUCAAGUGGGGGACUACGACAUUACCUGGUCUGAUUCCUGCCGUGCCAGCGGGCAUUUGCGAGGGAAGACCGGCCACUGCAACACAGAGAAUGACUCUGACUGCUGCGAAGCAGGUAAGAUGUACCCUCAGUACCGCUGCUCUCCUCCAAUCACGAGCAACACCCGUGCGACGAUGACCAUCAACAGCUUUGCCAAGGGUGGUGAUGGAGGAGGCCCGUCUGAGUGCGACAACAAAUACCACAGCGACAGUGAAAAGGUGGUUGCAUUAUCAACUGGCUGGUACAAUGGAGGAAGCCGAUGCUUGAACUACAUCAACAUCAACGCUAAUGGUAAGUCGGUGAGAGCCAAAGUGGUGGAUGAGUGCGAUUCUGUGCACGGCUGCGAUGCUGAUCAUGACUUCCAACCGCCAUGCCCCAAUAAUAUAGUAGAUGCAUCCCCAGCGGUGUGGAAGGCGUUGGAUAUACCGGAGUCUCAAGUGGGGGACUACGACAUUACCUGGUCUGAUGCCUGA